CGGUGCUCGCGCUCGCCGAUUGACGAAUUGACGGCCAAGACGCACUGGGAUAAAAAGACGCCGCCGCCCCCGAAAGGCACACCAGUGUAAGGAAACACCGACACCAUGCUGGCCUACGUCGUCCUUGGCCUGGCGGCCAUCAGCGCCGUCAGCGCAGACUGCUCCAUCGACAUGAACAGCGACCUCGCCAAGCACAAGGCUCCCCUGUUCCUGGACGGCAGUGACAUGCUGCUGCCCGUGCCCCAGGGCAAGAGCGGUGUCCUCAGCCUCAGCAGCGGCCAGGAGGUGACCCUCGCCUGCCCCGGCAACAAGAACCAGCUCUCCGCCGCCAAGUCCGCCGUCGUCAGCGCCACCUGCGACUCCGGCAACAAGCUGAAGGUGAACGGCAAGUCCGUGGCCGCGCCCAACCUGGGCUGCUCCAAGACCGCCGGCUCCUCCCUGCGCGUGACCGAGCAGUCCUGCCAGGACGGCGGCAACCUCCUGGAGCUCGGCUUCGAGGUCGACGGCCAGUGGAUCAAGCUGGUCGACCUGUGCCACCAGAUCGAGGCCGGCAACACCCUGUGGGCCCUGCACACCGUGCACGGUGCCGCCCUCGCCGGCGCCGAGGUCGAGUCCAAGCGCCCCUCCUUCACCCGUGGUGACAAGGCCCUCUACAAGGGCUACAACCCCGACCACAUGUACAAGCAGGCGACCCACAAGAAGAUGCUGGAGAACUCUCUGGGCAAGGCCAAGGCCGACGAGCUGAUCGGCAACACCUUCAUCGCCCGCGGCCACCUCGCCCCCGACGCGGACUUCAUCUUCGGCUCCGGCCAGUUCCUCACCUACUUCUACGCCAACGUGGCGCCCCAGUGGCAGUCCAUCAACGCCGGCAACUGGCUGGCCACCGAGAAGAACGUCCGCAAGAAGGCCAUCGAGCUCGGCCGCGACCUCACCGUGUACACCGGUACCCAGGGCAUCCUCACCCUGCCCAACGCCUCCGGCGAGGACACCCCCCUGUACCUCAACGCCGACGACAAGACCCUCCCCAUCCCCGACAACUUCUGGAAGGUGCUGUACGACCCCGAGACCAAGCAGGGUAUCGCCCUGGUCGGCUCCAACAACCCCCUGCUCGCGUCCGAGGACAACCUCCUCUGCAAGAACGUGUGCGAGGCCAACGGCUGGUCCACCAUCCGCGACUUCCGCAAGGGACUCAUCUACUGCUGCACCGUGGCCGACUUCCAGAAGGCCGUGUCCUACGCGCCCAAGCUCAGCGUCUCCGGCGUGCUGCAGGGACCUCAGUAAGGCGUUGGUGUCAAUAACGUCAAUAAAGCAUCCCCACCCCA